AAAAAAUCAAUGAUUUAUUUAAAUGUGCCGCCUUUGGUACAAUUGGUGUUACCAACCCACGUCACCAAAAAUCCCUUUUACGUUUCUAGUGCUUGUGUGCUGGUUUACCCACAGAUUUAGGAAUAAUUUAGCCUUAAAAUGGGUCGUAUGCACGCACCUGGCAAAGGUAUCGCCCAAUCGGCGUUACCUUACCGUCGCAGUGUGCCCACGUGGCUCAAAGUGACCCCCGAUGAGGUCAAAGACUACAUUUUCAAGUUGGGUAAAAAAGGCCUAACUCCCUCACAAAUCGGCGUGACCUUGAGGGAUUCCCAUGGCGUGGCUCAGGUCAGAUUUGUGACUGGUAAUAAAAUUCUGCGCAUUAUGAAAGCAAUGGGGCUUGCGCCUGAUUUACCCGAAGACUUGUACUACUUGAUUAAAAAAGCCGUAGCGAUCAGGAAACACUUGGAGAGAAAUCGCAAGGAUAAAGACAGCAAGUUUCGCCUGAUUUUGGUCGAGUCGAGGAUUCACAGAUUGGCCAGAUAUUACAAAACUAAAAAUGUUUUGGCCCCCAAUUGGAAGUAUGAGUCUAGCACCGCUUCGGCGCUUGUGGCUUAAGGCUUGAGUAUUUUUUACGAAAUAAAAAAAUUAAAUCGA